GUGAUCUGUCACUCACAUCGCGAGGAUGAAACAGAGAAAAAAAUAAAAUAAAUAGUUACAAGAUGGCGACCAACAACUGCCUGAACACUGGAAAACAAUAGAGACAGCGCAGAGGCAUAGUGAUAAAAAUGGAGGCAGUUGAGUGUGUUUUGUAAAGACACACACACACGCACGCACGCUCGGAAACAGCACGAUCAGUCCUGUGAGUUGUGCUGGACUCUGUAGACUCGAGUGACUUUAUAAACGCGGUUCUUCUGGAUGAUGGCGGAUUUCGUGGUGCCGCGGCACAGCGCGGUGAUGGAGCGGCUGCGGCGGCGCAUCGAGCUCUUCCGGCGGCAUCACACCGGCUGUGAGAACCGCUAUGACAGCACGGCCAUGGAGCGGCUGGAGAUGGACAGACAGCAGACGUUCGCGCUGCAUCAGCGCUGCCUGCAGACCAAGGCCAAGCGCCCAAACAAGCACCGGCAGCCGGCGGCGGCGAGCGCGGACCCCGCGGGGCAGAGAGGCACGGGCGGCGGCGGGGGAACCGGCGCGGAGCUCGCGGACGGAGCGAGCGGGACAGCCGGGGAGCAGAGCAGAAACAGCACGCUGAUCGCGUUACAGGAGACUGUCAAGAGGAAGUUGGAGAAUGCUGGUUCACCUCUAGGCCGUGACCAGGUCAAUGGUUUCACCGAUGGCUACCCGCCCAAUAAAAAAGCCUGUGUUGAGGAUGCAUUGGGGGGUCUUAAUGGGGUCUCGAAUGGCACAGUGCCUCCUCUCUCACCUAUGGACUCCAAAUAUAACGUGAGUACCGAAGCCAUGAUGGCCAAUGGGAACAACAGAGCGGUCGGUGCAGAGCACAACGGGUCCGGUCUAACCGAUAGCGGUGCAUUACGUGGCUCAGAGUCCGAUUUCCGCCUGAAAGAAAUGAAGCAAGAGCCGGUAGACGAUAUCUUGCCCUGCAUACUGCCUGGUGGAGGUGCGAAUGGAAACAACAGCCUCUUCCCUGACCUCAACCUCAACGAUCAGGACUGGAGUGAGAUCAUGGAGGAGUUCAACCGCUCCGUACCCUACGAGGACAUCCAGGAGCUCUUCAGUGACAGUUUUGGAGAUCGCAAGGACCCCGAGCUCCCGUGCGCCGGUGCAGCUCAGAGCUUGCUGCCGCCAGAUCUGGUCAGCGUGAAGACUGAAUUUUCCCCCGCUACGGCUCACUCCGCCUUCGAUCAGGACUCUUGCAACGGUUCACCUCAGGUGAGACCCACCUCAUCUGGGCCUCCGCUUCACACCAACUCCCCCAUAUCGCCGGCCCUGCCCGUGCAGCAGCAGCCCACCAGACCACUCCCAAAUCACCUGCUGCCCGUCCCACCCAAAGACCUGUCCCCCGCGCAGCAACUGCAGCAGUUAGCGGCACGCGAGCAGCAGAGGGCGAUAUUGCAGCAGCAUGUGGUUCAGAAGCCACCUCAAGAACAAAAGCCACAGCAACAGCAAGCGGCGAAAUUCCACCAGCAGCCCAACCACUCAACAUCUUGGCCCCAAAAUGCUCCCACCCAAAGUCAAAUGGGCGGAACCUUUGGCCUUGAGAAGUCCACCAGCCCUUCUUUGUACCCGCAAGACUUCCCCAACCCCAAGACCCUGCUCAUGCCCAACAAGGGUUCUCCCAAAGCAGGUGCUCCAGCCGGCUACAUGCAGCCCGGUGGACACGGCAACAUGUUAAGUCACCCAGCCGCGCCCACGGGGCCCCUCAGCCACCCACCCAACCCAGGAGCCCAGGCUGCCAUGCUGGACUACAGUAACACUAAACCCCUGUCCCAUUAUGAGGCUGGAGCGCCUGGUGCACCCAGGGGCCCUCAGGCCACACAGAACCAGAACAAACCGAACCAGGCCAUCCUGAACCUGAUGCGACAUCAGCAGAUGGCGAAGCAGAGGCCGACCAGCAUGAACUUCAGACCAGCGCACCACCAGCAUGCUCCGGAUUCAGGGUCUUACCCCUCCAGCACUCAUGUUCCCGGCCCGGGUAACACUAUGACGCCACAACAGAGCAGCAACAGCAUCCCAGGGAGCCACAGUAACGCGGCCUACAUGAAGCAGCAGCAGCAGAUGCAGCUGAUCAGUCAGCAGAAGCAGUUCCUCCAGAGACAGAUGAUGGCCGAGCAGGAGAAGCAGCAGCUGCAGAGGCAUCUGACCCGUCCACCGCCUCAGUACCAGGACCAACAGAACCCGCAGGCCCAGCAAAACCCAUUCCAGCAGCAGCAACAGGUCUCUCAGUUCACCGGUGUGCCGCUCUGCCUGGCCCAGCAGCACUCCUCCGGCUUAAGCGAACACACCAUCUCCGGUGCAUCUCAACCAAUAGGAAAUGUCAGCUCUCUGAGUGGCCCCACGCCUGGAACGCAACGGAUGUUCUCUCAGGCACAAGGCAUGAUGGGAAUGGGGGUUGGUCAGAAUACUGGACCAAGCACUGGUCCAGCUCCAGCUGCCAGUCAAGCAGACAUGAACCUCCCAUCCUGCGGUCUCGACGUGCAACAAGUCCUCUACGGCAACAUGCCCAUGCAUCCCUCCCACCCCAACCAGCAGAGACCGUCAGUGUCCUCCAUGUCUGCCGCUUACCGCCAGAACGUUCUAGCGGCUCAGCAACAAGCACACUUGAAAAACCAGCCCAAUGCUGCUAUGCUGAAACAACAACAUCAGCAACAGCUGGCCCGUAUGCCCAACAGCAUGCCCAACGCCUUGGCUAAUAACAUGGGCUCUGCUAUGCCCAGCUCCAUGCCAACCAAUAUUCAAGGUGCCUUGCCCUCACAGGCCCAGUCAUGGCAGCAGCAGCCCCAACAGCAUCCAGGUCUCCAGCCCGGCUCUGCUAACGGAGGCAUGCCAGCAGGUUUCCCCAACUCUGGCUUUCAGAUGCAGUCAAGAUUGUCCAAACUUCCCAACAACACCCCGUUUCCCCAGGGAGGCAUGGGAAAUAGUGCAGCUGGUAGAACCCUGGCAGGUAUGAAUCCUGGACAAAUGAUGCCUAACAUGAACCAGCAACGGACCAAUAACCCAGGCAUGGCCCAACAGCAGGGGCAGGGGCAGCCGCAAGCGCAGUCUCAAACUCAACAGGUUCUGCCUGACUUGGGACCUUUCAGCCAGCCACAGGCCGGACCCAGCCGCACCGCAGGACUUCAGUGCAGUCAGGCCUAUCAGCUCAACAGGACAGCCAAUCAGCAGCUCCAGUUUAGCUACAGCGCCCAAUCAGGAAGCAGCUUGUCCGGGUUUUCUGCCGAGACCGACCUGGUGGACUCUCUGUUAAAGAAUCCGACAACGCAAGAGUGGAUGGAUGAUCUAGAUGAGCUGUUGGCCAGUCACCAAUGAGUGAUGGUCACAGGCCAAUACUAGUGCCUUUGGUAGAGGAGAAAACUUGUACAUCCACAUCACGUUUUCAGAGAUGGUGAAACUGCUCAUAUCACGGUCAGAUCUGCUGUGUUCUCUAUUGAGUAUGUAUAUGGUGUAUAUAAUAGAGGUCAAGUAGAGCACAGAGCCUGUGUCACUGAAGUAUUCUCUGGACUGGAAAUGUCAGAGAGAAAUGCUCUACUACUGAACCUGUGGCUCAGUAAAACCACUGAAUUUUCUUAUGACAAGUGUGUGCUGAAACGUGUGUUCAGCCAUCAUACGGUUGUGUUGCCUAUGUGUUCGCUGUAGGCACGAGGAGGCUCUGUUCAAUGUCAGGAGUGUCUUGACGCUUCCACAGGCCUUAAAUUUGCACUCUUGAAGAUGCACAACAUGUGAUUUACAGUAAAACGGUCUAACGCAAUAGUUAACUCAAAUGAACAUAUUUGAAUCAUUUACCAUGUUUGUCCAAAUCCAUAAGACUUUGCUUCAUGAUGCUCCCAGCAGGGUUUAGCCCCAACCCAAAUAAAACACACCUGAACCAGGUAAUCAAUUCUACAGGAUCACUAGAAAACAGAGAUGGUCUUUUUAUAGGGAGAUGCCGACUUGCAUGGCUCUGCUGUUGGAGGUUGAAUGUUGGUGUAACAGUCAACGUGGAUCACGUGCCUUGAUAACCAAUCACAUUAUAUCUGAAUUGCUGUCAGAUCUGAAUGAGAGUCAGUCACUGAUUAUGGAUACCAUGCAUUGAAAUGAAUGAAAAAUACAGCAAAAGCACUUCUGAUGCAAAAGUGACCGAAUUCUCUUCUAAAAUCAUUUUCAUUGUAAACUCCAAAAAAUGAUUCCAAAUUCCAAAGUGAUUGUUUAAUGGCAAACAAUUAGAUUCAUAUAGUAACAAGCUGCUCAUCACAAAAGCAGUGUAUUCAGAGUACUGAAGCCUCUUCUCCAUCCAGAAAACUGAGCCUGUGUGUAUUAACAUUCUUCAUUUUUAUCUUCCACUAAAGAUAGUCAUGUGAGUUUGGAACGGCGUAAAGUGACAGUUCACCUAAACUAAAGUUGUCAUCAUUUAAGUUCCAUAUGGUUUAUGUUCAUUGGUUAGUUUCUCAUUGACUAAAUUUAGGAAGUAGAUGCUUUGUGGUUUGUUUACUCAGGCCGUGACCGCUUGAAGGCGUGUAGCUGAGACUAAUAGUGAGGAGGAUGAACUGAUGAACUCUACAGUGCUCCAGUGAAAGUAGAUCGCGUCAUUAGACUUUCAUGUUACACUACACUAAGUUGUGUUUGUUUUUUUUUCUCUUUUUUUCUGAAAAGCACAGAGCUUCUGUGUUGGUGAGAGGGUUAAUAUUCCUGUUUGUUUUCUCCCUCUGGUGUCUGAUGUUACAUUGAGGGCAGGUCCGGUGCUGGUCCGAACCGCAUUACCUGAACUCUCUCUUCAUCUGAGAUUCUGUAACAGGAUUUCAUGUAUAUUUAUAUAUUAUUUUGUAUGUAUGCAGUUUUUAUUGUUCAGGAGAAGAUAGAUCUUAUUUUUAUAUGUACAUUGUUGCAAAAUUUUGUAAGUAUUUUAUACUUUUUAUUAUUGUUCUCUGUAAAACAAGAGUAUUUUGUAAAUAUAGUUCUCUAGAAACGGUCUUGUUUGGUGUGUAUGUUUAUUGUUUUAUGCAUGUCUCGAAAGGUUUGUGCAUUAGCAACUAAGUUUUGACGUGUAAUGAGUUUCAGAAAACACAUUCCAAUAAACAUAACCCCAGCUUAAAAAACAUCUUGGCACAAAAUAAGUAA